CGGGCCCGGGCCCAGGGAGCCCCCGGCGCCGCACGCCCCAUCCUCCACCCCCCUAGCGCCCACCACCCACCAUGGGGACCCUUCAACCAUGGAGAAAGGAGGUCCUACCCUUGGCCCUCGCCCCGUCCCUCUCUCCUUCCAACCGCAGAGACGCUUCUGUACAAAUCUUGCAAGGACACAAGAUGCAGGCCCAGCGCAGCUGGGAUCCUCUCUGGACAAGGCCACGGAGUGAAACGCCAGGUGAGGACUUCACUGCCCUCGGGGCACGCUGGGACUCACACCUCCCUUCCGCCCUCUGCCUUACUCUUCCCCUUGGGCUCAGCCUGGAGCCAAGUUGAGAUCCCAGGAAAGCCCCUUACCAGUUGCUCCAACCCUCUCCUUAAACUGAAAGGGAAACUGAGGCCCAGAGAAGAGUAGUGAUUGGCCAGAGUCACAUGGCAUGUUCCUGAAGAGCACGGACCAGAGCCCAGGGAUGCUGAGCUCCCGGCCAGAGGUCUGUCCUCGUUCCUGCACGUUGAGUGUAGCGGGCGCAGGGUGCAGCUUCUGGCCCCUGCCCUACACCCUGCAGAGGAGCUGGACAACUCUGCCUGGCGCCAGCUGCCUCUUCCUCCCCAGCACCGUCCAGGCCUAGGUGGGCUUUCCGGACAAGCUUCUGGAUCCCACGGACUCCGUGACCAACCAAUCAGGUUGCUGCUUGCAAAUGUCUGCUCCCAAUGAAGGCUCCUGCAGCCCACCAGCUCCCUGGGACUUCCUGGAGCCAAACCUUUGCCAGACUGCCUGGGAGUGCCACUCCGUGUCUGGGUGGAAGUGCGGGCUGCUGCGCUCCAGCAGGGCUCUCUGGAGCCAUGUGGACCCAGCCCUUUGGACCCCUGCCUGGUCCUGUUGACACCUGCACUCUCUCUGCAGCACCCAUUGGAGGUGUUUGACCAGGACCCACCGAGGACGGCUGUGAAGUACCUGACCGUUCCUAAGGAGCUCUGUGGAUUCCAGACAUCUCUGCACCCCUACUCGGGUCCUAGGUUGGGGGCCCAGAGGUGGAUCCAAUCCAGCCCAGCACAUGCAGGCUCUGAGUCUAGGAAAGGAGGGAGGCUCAUACUCUGGAACAGUUAGCCCUGGAGCCUUGAAUGACAUUUCCAAGGAGGAUCUGUUCCCAGGGCCAAGCCGUUAAUGCACAAAAGGGGAAACUGAGGCAGCCCUUGGAAAGAUAUCAUUUGUCAAAGCCACACAGCAAGUCAGCGUGUUAUUGAGCCUAGGACCUAGACCCCUGCCUCCUGGCCCAGGCUCUUUCUGUGCAGCUCGACCCCACAGGCCAGCCCUCGGGAGGUGCACAAAGCCACUGCUCUGCCGUGGCGUCCCUGUGUGGCCAGCUGUGGGACCUGCUGAGAGGGCCGUCUUCCUCCCACCGGUCUGAAGCUAAGGAUUGCUGGAGACAGUAGUUGCUUCAGCCGCAGGCUGUGUGGACCACUCUGAAGGUGACCUGGGGUCUGUUGUGUGCACCUUGGAACCCCCCGGAGCCCCCAAUGAGGCCAAAGAAACGCCUUCCCUGCAUGUGAACGUGACCUUCGUCUGGCAAACAGCAAGGGGGGUGUGCAGACGACCCUGCCCUUCCCCAUCUCAGAAAGACCAAGGUCAGUUCCGGCCCCUCUCUGCCCGCCACAGCCUCGCCAGGGGCUUCAGACCGCCCCGUCCCUCGCCCCGCCGAUGUGCUCGGACGCCCGGGUCCCUGCACUGUGUCGGGCUUUCCCUGCGCGGCGCCUUUCUCCGCCCCGCUCCCGCCGGCCUCGGCCCCUCCGCAGCCUGCCUGCUCCCCUCCCCCGCCCUCCCGCUCUCACUCUACGUCACGCGAUGACGUCGGGAGCCGGGGAGGGAGGAGGAGCCCCCAGCCGGCGGCUCCCGCUGCAGCUCGCUUGGCCCAGCCUCCCGCUCUCCCGCCCCCCCGUCUCGAGAACGAGCCCCCCACGCGCGCCAGGGACUAUAUAAGGCGGAACGAGGCAGGCGAGGGGCAGCGCAUCCGAGCGGAGCCCAGCAGAGGACAGAGAGCCCGAGCGAGCGACGGGGAAGCAGGAAGCCGCCGGGGCGUCGGGACCGGAGCGCAGGUGUCCGGGCGCCCGCGCUGGGCUCUGCGGCGCCAGGCAUGUACCGCUCCACCAAGGGCGCCUCCAAGGCGCGCCGCGACCAGAUCAACGCCGAGAUCCGCAACCUCAAGGAGCUGCUGCCGCUGGCUGAGGCCGACAAGGUCCGGCUGUCCUACCUGCACAUCAUGAGCCUCGCCUGCAUCUACACUCGCAAGGGCGUCUUCUUCGCUGGAGGUGCCCCUCUGGAGGGCCCCACGGGGCUUCUCUCAGCCGAAGAGCUUGAGGACAUCGUGGCAGCACUACCUGGAUUUUUGCUCGUGUUCACAGCUGAGGGGAAGUUGCUGUACCUGUCUGAGAGUGUGAGCGAGCACCUGGGCCACUCCAUGGUGGACCUCGUUGCCCAGGGUGACAGUAUCUAUGACAUCAUUGACCCAGCUGACCACCUUACUGUGCGCCAGCAACUCGCCCUGCCCUCUGCCCUGGACACCGAUCGCCUCUUCCGCUGUCGCUUCAACACCUCCAAGUCCCUCAGGCGCCAGAGUGCAGGCAACAAACUGGUGCUUAUUCGAGGCCGAUUCCAUGCUCACCCACCUGGAGCCUACUGGGCAGGAAACCCCGUGUUCACAGCUUUCUGUGCCCCACUGGAGCCAAGACCCCGCCCUGGCCCUGGCCCUGGCCCCGGCCCUGGCCCUGCCUCACUCUUCCUGGCCAUGUUCCAGAGCCGUCAUGCUAAGGACCUGAUCCUACUGGAUGUCUCUGAGAGUGUCCUAAUCUACCUGGGCUUUGAGCGCAGUGAACUGCUCUGUAAAUCAUGGUAUGGACUGCUGCACCCUGAGGACCUGGCCCACGCUUCUGCUCAACACUACCGCCUGUUGGCUGAGAGUGGAGAUAUUCAGGCAGAGAUGGUGGUGAGACUGCAGGCCAAGCCUGGAGGCUGGACAUGGAUUUACUGCCUGUUAUACUCGGAAGGUCCAGAGGGCCCCAUUACUGCCAAUAACUACCCGAUCAGUGACAUGGAAGCCUGGAGCCUCCGCCAGCAGCUAAACUCUGAAGACACUCAAGCAGCUUAUGUCCUGGGCACCCCGACCAUGCUGCCCUCAUUCCCUGAGAACGUUCUCUCCCAGGAGCAGUGCUCCAGUGCUAACCCACUCUUCACCCCAGCCCUGGGGGCUCCCAGAAGCACCAGUUUCCCCAGCGCUCCUGAACUGGGCAUUGUCUCAGCAUCAGAAGAGAUUCCUCGACCCCCCAAACAGAUUGACUUCAGUUACCUGACAUUCGCCUCUGGGCCUGAGCCUUCUCUGCAAGCAGACCUGAGCAAGGAUCUCGUGUGCACCCCACCCUACACGCCCCACCAGCCAGGAGGCUGCGCCUUCCUCUUCAGCCUCCACGAGCCCUUCCAGACCCACUUGCGCACCCCAUCCAGCUCUCUUCAAGAACAGCUGACUGCAAGCACGGCGACCUUCUCUGAUCAGUUGACACCCAGCAGUGCCACCUUCCCAGAUCCACUAACUAGCCCACUGCAAGGCCAUUUGACCGAAACCUCAGCCAGAAGCUAUGAAGACCAGCUGACUCCCUGCACCUCCACCUUCCCAGACCAGCUGCUUCCCAGCACUGCCACCUUCCCAGAGCCUCUGGGGAGCCCUGCCCAUGAGCAGCUGACUCCUCCCAGCACAGCUUUCCAAGCACACCUGAGCAGCCCCAGCCAAACUUUCCCAGAGCAACUGAGCCCCAAUCCCACCAAGACUUACUUCGCCCAGGAGGGAUGCAGUUUUCUCUAUGAGAAGUUGCCCCCAAGUCCUAGCAGCCCUGGUAAUGGGGACUGCACACUCUUGGCCCUAGCCCAGCUCCGGGGCCCCCUCUCUGUGGAUGUCCCCCUGGUACCCGAAGGCCUGCUCACACCUGAGGCCUCUCCAGUCAAGCAUAGUUUCUUCCACUACUCUGAGAAGGAGCAGAAUGAGAUAGAUCGUCUCAUCCGGCAGAUUAGCCAGUUGGCUCAGGGCAUGGACAGGCCCUUCUCAGCUGAGGCUGGCACUGGUGGGCUGGAGCCACUUGGAGGUCUGGAGCCCCUGGACUCCAACCUGUCCCUGCCGGGGGCUGGCCCCCCUGUGCUCAGCCUGGACCUGAAGCCCUGGAAGUGCCAGGAGCUGGACUUUCUGGCUGACCCUGACAACAUGUUCCUGGAGGAGACGCCCGUGGAAGACAUCUUCAUGGAUCUCUCUACCCCAGACCCCAAUGAGGAGUGGGGUUCGGGGGAUCCUGAGGCAGAGGGCCCAGGAGGGCCCCCAUCGCCUUGCAACAACCUGUCCCCAGAAGACCACAGCUUCCUGGAGGACCUGGCCACAUAUGAAACCGCCUUUGAGACAGGUGUCUCAGCAUUCCCCUACGAUGGGUUUACUGAUGAGUUGCAUCAACUCCAGAGCCAAGUUCAAGACAGCUUCCAUGAAGAUGGAAGUGGAGGGGAACCAACGUUUUGAAUAAGUCUGUGACUUAACGUCGUCAAGUAUGGCAUAUUGUCAUCAAGACGUGGAGCCGCUCUCCACCCCCCCAGGACUGUUGGGGGGAUUCUGGGGGCCAGAGGGGGAUAUAUCUGAUUCCCAGGCCCUGAAAGAUUGGCGGGGGGAGGUGGGAGGGUAAGGGAGGGGAGCUUCUUUUUAAAAUCAAGAGACUUCGAGCGAUCCCAGUUUCCAUUUCAAUCUGUAUUCACUCGUAGUGAGUUUCCUUGAAUGGGAUUUCAAGCGGAGAAUGGGGGAGUCACACUUCCCCGCCGCCUGCCCCACUGGCCUGGGCCAGUUCUCCCCUCCUAGGGGCCAAGCGUCCCCUGGGCCUCGGUGGGGGAAAGGCAGGACCCACCUGGGCCAGCCUGUGCCCUGAGGGGCUCUUGACAUCCACGUAGAAUUCUCUACACACCAGUAACGGGAUUUCAAUUCCGAUGGACUCUGCCGCCCCGGCGGCCCUUCCUGUGACUUUUGCGCCCCGCGCCUGGGGUGGGGGGCGCGAAGAGACGCUACGUUCCUUUCCGAUGGAGGAAGGCAGACCUGCCGUCACACGUGUGCUUGCACGAGUGCGUGUACCUGGUGCGGGACUCACCCGGCCACCAGACCGCCUGGACCUGCCCAGACGGCCACCUCGUGGUGCUGCGGUGACUUUGUAGCCAACUUUAUAAUAAAGUCCAGUUUGCCUUUUUGGUA